CACUAGCCGCUACUCAGCAACAGUGUACAGUAGGUAAUGGCUUCACGUCGCUCCAGACUGAUUAACACUUUUCAACAAGGAAUAAGAUGGUUCCAUGGCUCAAAUAUAUUUGCAGUGGAUAUCUCCACUACAACUGCCGUUUGUCGCUGACUAGCCGACCCCUCUUCAAAUUCCCCGGCCUACACCUCGUCGUCUAAGGUCGGCAACCAGCGCCGCCUAACAGAGCGGGGGUCAACUAUCAAGCCACGCCUACCUCCGCUAUAUAAGACCUCACCUGGCCGUGACCUGCCCCUUCUUCUACCUACAGCCGCAGCAAGCAACACCUCCUCUGAGCACGCACCUCACCAACCAGUGCUCUCUACUCCACGCCUGUAACCACGCUGCCACUUCCCAACACCAAGCUGCAUUGUACAUCCAGUACAAUAUAUGUACAGAGUGCAUUGUGAGCUUCCUUUCUCCAACCCAUCCUGAGUGUGAACCAAUAUCUCAAAACUCCACAGGCUCGUGCCUCGGCCCAGACACACGUGAGAAGGGUGUUAUCCAGUGUGAUCCUCACUACCAAACUCCACAGGUUUUCCAGUCCCCAGUUUCCUCCUGUAAUAACCUAACCUAACCGAGGGGCUCCACAGCUGUUCGAUGUUCUUGUGCACAGAGACAAACAAUGGUCGAAGGAUUACCUCUAAACUAUGAAGUAGCCGGUGGAGGCAAGAAGGUUGCUCUCUGCAUGCCUGGAGCGUUAGGCACCAUACAGUCGGACUUUGGUCCUCAGAUGAAGUCCUUGGCCGGGAAAAACUUAACGUUAGUGUGUUGGGACCCACCAGGUUAUGGCAAGAGCUGGCCGCCUCCUCGACAAUAUUCCCUUGAUUUUUUACAUCGUGAUGCUGCGAUCGCUGCUCUUUUGAUGAAGACCUUGAAAUAUGACAAAUAUUCUUUGCUGGGCUGGAGUGACGGUGGCAUCUCUGCUUUGAUUCUGGCAGCUGCGUAUCCCCAGCACGUUGACAAAUUAGUAGUGUGGGGUGCAAAUGCUUACGUAAGUGACCAGGAUGUCAAGAUAUAUGAAGGGAUCCGUGAUAUCAACAAAUGGUCACAGCGAAUGCGUGCUCCCUUAGAGGCCAUCUAUGGUACAGAGUAUUUCAAGGAAGCGUGGGAGGGAUGGGUAGAUACCCUUUUACAUAUAUACCAUGAGAAAGGCGGUGACAUCUGUAAAGGUGACCUGGCCAAGAUCACCUGUUCGACUCUCAUUAUCCACGGCGCUAAGGAUCCUGUGGCUCCCCUCAGUCAUGGGCAGUACCUCCACGAAAAUAUAAAGGGCUCACAGUUGGUCAUUAUGGAUGAAGGCAAGCACAAUAUUCACCUGAGGAGCCCAGAAGAGUUCAACAAGAUAGUGUAUCAGUUUCUGUUCAAAGAGUAAAUGUGAAUGUUGUUUUUACUUUUUAUAAAUUAAAUUUGUUAAAUUGAUUUAUGAAUGCAGUCAAACAUCGUGUAGUGAUAUACUGAAGGUUAUUUUGAAUAAUUCUCAACUAAUGUCAAACUUUUUUCUUCUUUUUUUAUGCUCAAUAUUAAUCAAACACAUUAUUCCUCAAUAGUAACUUGACAGUUUUCAAUGAAAUCAUUUUGAUAAGAAAUAUAUAUUUUAAUGGUUUUUCACUUCUGACAACUUGUAUCAAUAGUAAAUGGUUGUAUUAAUUACUUAUUGUAUAAAAUGUAAUUAAGAAUGGAAGCUUAUAUAAUACAGUAUAUGAAACAUGUUGUGGGCCCAUGGUAACUAUAUUUUUUGUAAUGAUGAUAAUAAAACUACAGUUACAGGUUCACUCCAUUCUGUUGUAAAAGCCAUAAUAAGUUUAACGACUGUAGUGACAGAGCCCAUUGGGAUAGCUACUGCUCCAGAAUUAGUCUAGUGUUCAAAAAACAAUUUUGUAUCGGUUACUGGCUGUACUAAUAGCUACUGUACUUAAGUAAAACAAAAUGUUACUAAAUCACUGUUCCAGAUAAAGUUUGUGCGUGUUAAAAUAUUUUAUAUAUUUGUUGCAUUAGAAUGUUUUUGUUGAAGCUUGAUAAUAGAUAUUGUACAUGUGUUUGUGUUGUUUAGCGUCAUCCAUAGUUUCUGUAUGUUUAAAUAUUAUUUUGUUAUGAAGAGUUACCGUAACUAACACAAACAUAAUCUUUUGUGUGGUUUUAUCUAAUGUAGAUUUCAUGCUUCUGUGAACUGAAGUUUUUCACAAUUUUAUACAAAUAGAGAUUGAGAGUUAUGGGUCAUUUUAUAAUCCAUGUGAUGACAUCUCUUCACCUGUAAUGAUGAGGUGGUCACCCACUAGCAGAUGAGAGUUAAAACUGAGGAGAUCAGUGCCUGUAUGUCCAACAGGAGAAUACUUGUAUGUGUACACAACAAAAAGUCAUCACAUUCAUAAUUUUGAUUGAAUAAUUGUGUUUCAGAUCCUAAAUUGUUAAGAAUUCCUUAAUGGGGCAUUGGGGCAACAACAUUAUUAUCAAAUGUGUUUGGUUGAGUGUUGGAAAUAGGAUCAAGUAGUGUUGGUAAAUGAGAGAGGAAGCAAAGUUUUACAAUAUUUAAUUAUUUUCCUCUGAAUUUCUACAUUGGCUGGUUUUUACAUGACUCAUUGUUUUAUUUAAAAAAUAAACUAGAAAAAUCUU